UCCCCUCCCCCUCCCUGCCUGCGCGCCUUCCCCCCUCCACCCGCCCCGGCGGCCGCAUAAAUGCGCCAGAUCCACGCGCGCGCGCGCAUUGCUCUGGCAGAGAGGCAGGGAGCUACAGCAGUCGACGACGACCACGACGCCACCGCCCUCGCAGCGGAGAGGAGGACAGUCGCCGCCCGCACCGCGCGCCCUUCGAGACAACGGCGCCGCCUCCCGGCCGCAGAAAGCCCCGCCCGCCGCCCCCGCAUCCACCGCCGACACGGAGUCCAGCUGAUUCAGCUGCGCCCACUACGUAAACGGACAUGAACCACCAGGGAGUGAACAGUGGCCCAGGGAUUGCUCAUUACAGGCCCGAUGACGUCCAAAACGGGAUGAGCACCGUGCUGGGGUAUUCGCCCAACGCGCGCAUCGACAAGACGCUGCUGGAGAAGUUCCUGCGGCUGCCGCUCCCUGAGGAUCGCGUGCAGGCCACGUACAUCUGGAUCGACGGCACCGGCGAGAACGUGCGCGCCAAGGACCGCACCAUCAUCGGCGUUCCCACCAGCAUCAAGGAUUAUCCCAUAUGGAAUUUUGAUGGUAGCUCUACCUAUCAGGCAGAAGGAAGCAAUUCUGAUGUCUACCUGUAUCCUGUAGCUACUUACAAGGAUCCAUUUCGCCCUGGUGCAAACAAUGUUUUGGUGCUUUGUGAAACCUACAAGCACAACAAAGAACCCACAGAAUCCAACAAGAGGCAUGCUUGUGCCGAGGCAAUGUCAAGAGCUGCUGAUCAGAAGCCUUGGUUUGGUAUUGAACAAGAAUACACCCUCUUAGACAUGGACAACCGUCCUUUUGGAUGGCCAACAAAUGGAUUUCCUGGCCCCCAGGGACCCUAUUAUUGUGGUGUUGGUGCAAAUAGAGUUUUUGCUCGAGAAUUGGUUGAAGCACACUAUAGAGCUUGCCUUUAUGCUGGUAUUGAUGUUUCUGGAACAAACGCUGAAGUGAUGCCAGCUCAGUGGGAAUUCCAAGUUGGCCCUGGAGAAGGAAUGAAGUGUGCUGAUGACCUUUGGGUGGCAAGGUACAUUCUGCAUCGUAUUGCUGAAGAGUAUGGCAUUGUUGUCACUUUGGACCCCAAGCCUAUGCCUGGCAACUGGAAUGGAGCUGGGGCUCACUGCAACUUCUCAACUUUAACAAUGAGACAAGACAAUGGCAUAAUAGAAAUUGAAAAGGCCAUUGAUAAACUCUCCAAGCAACACGUGAGGCACAUCCAGGCCUACGAUCCUAAGGGAGGGCAGGACAACAUGAGGCGUUUGACUGGCCACCAUGAAACGUCGUCAAUUCACGACUUCUCUGCCGGCGUGGCAAACCGUGGUGCCAGCAUUCGUAUACCUCGUGGUGUUGCAGAGGAUAAAAAAGGAUAUCUGGAAGACAGGCGUCCAUCUUCCAAUUGUGAUCCUUAUGCUGUCUGCAAUGCACUUGUUAGAACCUGCAUUCUUGAUGAGUAAAGAUAUUAUGGUCUUUGGAACAUUACAAGAAGUCUUUCUUUGAAAGUCUGCGCAUCAACUGCAUAACUUGCAACAUAAAAUUCUGGUGUAUUCACAGAUACCACCAAAGUGUUUGCCUUUCAAAUUUGACUAUCAUAUUCUGUUUUUACAUGUAUAUAUGGCAAAGAUUUUAUAAUAAUGAAAUAUUGUAAUGGUCAACCUGAAUUCGUUGCUUUAAUGGUAAAAAUAUGUGUUUGUAAGAUAGUAGUCAGCAGUGUACAUUAGGUAUAAUACUUUAACACAAGUUCAAAGUAAAUAAACAAUCCUUCUGUACACUGGGAGAAUAUACUCAUUGCACAAGAAAUAUCUGAGAGUAGCUGAUCGAAGAGGUCUUAGUUAUAGCAUGGCAUCAUCUCAGAACUAUGUCCCAUUAUGCCUUUUAGCUUGUCACAAAACAUUUAGGUUGACUGUUACCACAAUUGCACAUCAGAAGCGACCAAAAUACCCAUAUACAUAUAUUUGAUAAAAUGGUUACAAUGUAAAUAAAGAUGUACACAUUUGACCCUGUUCUUAAAAUACUAAAGAUUAGUUUGCAAUAUUUUGUAUUUAUGUACAACAUUGAAGUCACAAAAAAGAUGGAUUUUAUAAUUAGAAAAAAUUGGGAAAAUGUUGUAAAGAUUGCUAAAUGAGAAAUAAGUUUCCUGUUCGCAAUGUUGGGGAAGGGGAAGCUACUAUGGCCAGCUUCUACUAUUUAAUGUGAGCUUGAUUAACUAAUAAAUCCCAUGUAAACUUGCAUUUAAUAUUUUAAACAUGUAUCAUACUUGUACAUUGAAUUAUUUUAAAUAAUUUGAAAUAUAUAGGUUUUAUAAAAAAAUCUGAUGUCAUGAAUGAAUAAGACUGCCCUUCUUCAUGUACUUCUUAGGUAUUCAUCAUCUUGAUCGUCAUGAUCAUAAACUGCAGGAGGUUAUACCAAUUGCCUAUAUCUGUCAGUACCUGAUGGCUCAUGCCAAUCACCUAUACCCGAUGGCUUAUACCUCAGUGUUCCUGUUCUUUGUUUUCACUUUUGUCUUCCAAGUUUUUUGUCCUGUGGGUUUGUAAUUUACUGCUAGUUUGGGUAGUCUUCAUUUUUCAUUCUUGUAAGUGUUUUAACCGUUUAUUCCAACAGCCUUUUGUACCUCCCACAAUAUUUUGUCUAAGCCUUUUCCCUAUGUGUUCCUUUGUUCAUCUAAUCAAGUUACUCCUGAGAUAUAUGGAAGGAAUCUCAUUUAUGAGGUUUCCAAUCUUUUAUCUCCAAGUUUAUGUCCAGGAUUCUGGUUCAAAAAAGAGCAUAGAUUUAGACAUCUACUGUGUAAUCAUAACUUUAUUCGCAGGGUUCUCUCUCCCAAAAUUAUUUUUAUUUAUCCCACUGGAUCUGUGUUUGUAGACAUGAUUUAUCCAAUAUUGAGGCCAAGAUAGCAAAGUUUUGUCUGUAGUUCUAUUAUCUCUCCUUGUAUUACUAUCUGAGCUUGUUUAAUAUUAUUUUGGUAAUAGUAUCAUAGAACAACACUAAUCAUCCAUGAUAGUAUUAUAUCCAUUUUGGUAAUAAUAUUAUAUUAUAGUGUUUAAAUUUGUGUAAUAAUUAAUAUUAUUUGUACAUCUUAAUUUCGGUAUCAUUGUUCUUGUGCCUUGUUUAAAAGCAAGUUUAAAAAUAAAUUAAAUCCAUGGGCAGAUCUGGGGUGUAUGUAAAUGUGUGCAUGUUUGUGUGCGGGCAUAUUUGUGCAUGGUCAUGCGUGCGGCAGGGUGGAUCCAGCCAAUCAUUAUGGAGGAGGUAUCAUAUAUUUUUUUCAAAUAAUAAUAAUAAUAUUUCUUGUUAUAUUGUAUAUUAUUUUUGGAGGGUAUAUAUGAUACUGUACAAUUUU